AUGGACAGUCGAAAAACUGAAGGAGACCAGGGGAAUGAAAAAAAAGGCAAUAGUUCUCAUGAAGAGCAUAAAAAUGAAAAUGUAAAUUCGUUGGCAGGGGGAAAUGAAAGGAGAAGGACAAUCACACCAGUAUCAGACAAAUUAAAUGUUGAAGAGAAGAACAAAUUGAAAAUAAACAAAUAUCCAAAUAGCAGUGCUACUGAUUUGGCUUUUAGUGAACAUACAACAGAGCAUGGGAUUGCUUUGAGUAUUAUGGGAAACAAUAAUAAUAAUGAAAAUUGUAAUAAUAAUAAUAGUAAUAGUAGUUAUAAUAAUAGUAGUAAUAACGAAAAUAGUAGUAAUAACGAAAAUAGUGGUAAUCAUAAUAAUAUUUUUAAUGAAAGCUUUUUUGUGGAAAAUCAAAGAGAAGAAAGUGAAAAGCAUAAUAGUAGAAUUAUGCACACAAUGCAGGAUCAUGAUAAGAAUGAAGACGAAUCAGUUACACAGAACAGAAAUAUGAACACGACCCUUCAAAUGAUAGAAGAAAAGAUCGAUAAGCAAAUGAUAAUAUUACAGAAUAAAACUAAAUCAAUUUUAACUUUAGAAAAUAAAAUGAAUGAAUUUAUAUCCAGCACAGAUAAGCAUAAGGAGAAUACAUCUUCUUAUAUGAAAUACAGAGUGAGUGAGGGGGGCGAAAGGGAAAAAAAAAAAAAGAAUGAUAGUGAGCAUAUUAUGAAGACAUCAAUUAGAGUAAAAGAAAAAGAGAGUACCACUGUAAGUAAUGUAGUAAAUCCUUUUAGAGGAUGCAUAAACAAACCGGAUCAGGAAGUGGCAAAGAAUGUUUCAACGGAUGACCUGCGUUGUAGGGGCGUUUGUUUAGGAGGACGAGUACAGCAGGUAGACGGUGGAAAUGGUAAAGAUGGUGGAAAUGGUGAAGAUGGUGGAAAUGAUGAAGAUAGUGGAAAUGGUAAAGAUGGUGGAAAUGGUAAAGAUGGUGGAAAUGGUAAAGAUGGUGGAAAUGGUAAAGAUGGUGGAUAUGGUAAAGAUGGUGGAAAUGGUAAAGAUGGUGGAAAUGGUAAAGAUGGUGGAAAUGGUGAAGAUAGUGGAAAUGGUAAAGCUGGUGAAAAUGGUGAAGAUAGUGGAUAUGGUAAAGAUAGUGGAUAUGGUAAAGAUAGUGGAAAUGGUAAAGAUAGUGGAAAUGGUAAAGAUGGUGGAUAUGGUAAAGAUGGUAGUGAUGAUAUUGAUAGUGGUAAUGAUGACAAUGUGGAUGUUUGGGUUAAUUUAAGCUACCUAUCUGUAGAUGAAGUAAAUAGUAUGCAUCAUGAGGAUUGUCACUUGAAUGAGGUUAAGGAAGGGAUGGAAAGGCAAAAGGAUGCAGAGAAGAAGAAUGUAAAAUAUCAUGACAAGGAGGGGGUGAAGCGGGAGCAGCAUAAGGGGGAGGAACAGGAACAGGAAGAGAUGGAAGGAACAAAAUAUAAUAAGGAGGAAGGGAAGGAGGAAGGGAAGGAAGGGAAGGAGGAAGGGAAGGAGGAAGGGAAGGAGGAGGGGAAGGAAGAGGGGAAGGAGGAGGGGAAGGAGGAGGGGUUUUGCUUCGAGGGGAUGAAGCAAAAGGUCUCAGAGGAAGACUCGAGGGAAAAAUCAAAAAAGGGAAAUGAUAAGGAUAAGGAUAAUCAGAAGAACAAGGACAAGGACAGGAAGCAGCUGUGCUUAAACGCAAUUGACAAGUCGUUCAUACAAAUUCCACUGAAAUGUAUAUUGAACACAUUUAGAAAUAUACAGAAAGAGUUAGAGAAGAAUUUUAUGAUAAUAACAUUGUUUAUUGAAAAGAAAUUAAACAAUUUAUCUGAUGCUAUAUAUUUGGAAAAGUUGAAUGUCAUAAUAGAAAAAUUGCAAGCAUUAAAAAGUAAAGUAAAUGAAUCAAAAGCAUUACUAAAUGUAUACAUUAAAAAAUUAGUCACUAGACUGAAAUAUAUAUAUUAUGAGGCAGAUAUACAACUAGAAAAUUUAAAACAUGAUUUCCGUUUUGAAACGUAUGAUAAUAGAAUAUGUUGGCUAAUAGAUGCAUAUUUAUCAAGAUACGGAUUUUUUGAAACUGUAGAUAUAUUUUGUAAAAGAUACAAACUGCAAUAUUACUCAGAUGCAGAUAUAUAUAAAGAAUAUUUAGAAAUAAUAAAUGAGUUAAGAAUUCAUAAUAUCAAGCCCGCCCUACAAUGGUGUCAAAAAUACAAAUCGCAAUUAAAGAAAAUUGAUUCUAAUAUAGAAUCAGAGUUACAUCUACAACAUGUUAUAAAUUUCAUUUUUGAAAAUAAAAAUUUCGAGGCUAUGGAUUAUAUUAAAAAAAGCGUCGUCCAACCACACACCUGCAUAUCCCGCGAUCUCAAGUAUAUUAUCACGUACAUAGCACUGAACAGUGUAGGUGCGGCAGGUAGCGGCGGUAUUGCGAAGAGAAGUCGAAGCAGUUGUACAGAUCCAUGUAGCAGACGAGGAAAUACCGCCUUGGAAUAUUUUAAUGAAAAAAGAUGGAGGAAAGUUAUAAGGUUGUUUAAACAAGUAUACUCAGAAGUGUCAGGUGUGUUAAAUAAACCACUACUAGAAUUAUUAUUAAAAGCAGGAAUUUCAGUCAUCAAAACAGAAGAGUGUGGAAAAAAGAAAUCAACAAAAUGUCCAACAUGUAUUGAUGAAUUGAAAAAUACAAUUACACAUUUACCUAAUAUACAAAAAACGAAAAGUUUUCUUGUGUGUCCUUAUACUAACCAAGUGAUGGAUGAAAACAACCCUCCCUUUACAACACCUGCUGGUUAUGUUUUCUCAGAAAAAGCUAUUUCUUUAUUUCUAAAAUCCGACGACAUUUUUGAAUGCCCUGUAACCGAGGAAAAAUAUAGAAUGGAUGAUUUUUCUAGAUUAUUUAUUUGA